CUGAAAGUAUGCUGCCUGGGCAUUGCCCACAGAAAUAGAAAACCCUUUUGUACGGUGAGCACUUGUGUCCAUGCGAACAGCAUCGUUUUCGGAGCUUUGACUCAGGCGGUAGCAGCGUCGGGCCGGUGGAUACAAAACAGACGAGCGGGUGACGGAAGCAAAAAUGUCUGAUUACAGCACAGGCUCGCCUACCACUCCGACGAGCCCCAGACCUCAAUUUUCCAUCUCUUCUGCCAUCACAGAGAGCAGCGUCAACACCACAGAGAGCAGCGUCAACAUCACAGAGAGCAGCGUCAACAUCACAGAGAGCAGCGUCAAGACCACGAAAAACUUUGAUUUAAGCGAGAUUGCAGCCAAUGACUUAAUCAGCAAUGCAAACUACGUCUACAGUUUGCUUGCUACCUUCGGUCUCUUAGCAGGCUGCUUCCUGCUUUACAGUUUCAUUCAGACUUAUCGCGCCCACAAGAGGCUGGCUUGGCUCGGCUGCCUCCUCUGGGUGUUUUGUGGCUUCCAGCUGCUGCUCCUGCUCCUCUCUUUGCACACGGUGGCCCACAGACCUGACUACCUAAACACCACAGCUUUAGGCUGUGCCACACUCUCCUUUACCAUCAACAUAGCCUCUCUGUGUGGCCUGCUGGUCUUAGUGCUCAUGGCAUCCGUCGUCACCUUUGAUCCUCCAUCCAAUCACCUGCUGAGAAAGUCUCGCGUCUGUGCGGCACUAGUGGGCAUCACUUCUGUACUCAUUUCUCUGGUGCUGGCUGGCAUUCGUGGACCCAGAGGAGAUUUGCAGAAAGAGGGCAACUGUCUGAUGGAUCCCACCACAGAUGGUGUUUCAUACGCAGUUGCUAGGCUGUGUUUGGUCUUCCUGAUUCCCUACAUCCUCCAACUGGGACUUCUGAUAGGUGGCUGCGUCCGCCAGAGGGAGUCGAAUGGACGUUUCCUCUCCGGAUCUGAGGAAGGCCCUGUGUUCCUGGCAGUCACCGGUUUUACGCUCAUCUGCCAGCUCUUCUACAGCGUGGCGCUGCUUAGAGGGGCUCUGAUUAAUAGUGAGGGACAGCUGACGUUCCACCAGAAAGCAUUUUUGAGUGUGUCUGAGUUUGUGCUGUUCUCAGGGAGCAGCGUGAGCCUGCUGCUCGUCCUGUUCAUGCACAGGCCGUGUCGGGAAAGCCUCUGUGGAGUGAUCAGGCGGCUGCGGGACUGCUGCCGACGUCCAGGGCCACAGCCUAACAGGAACAUCAUAGCUCCGCACAUUGAGAUCACAGACACUCUGGAGGACAUCGAGUCUUAAGAAAUGUGUCUGUUUGCUAGGACAGAGCUCUUCCCAUGCAUCAGAUUUAAUGUCUUACCUGUUAUGGACCACCUUACUAUCUAUCCAGUCACUGAAAGCUUGCAGAACUCUCAUCAAAUGCAUUUUUUUUAACAUUUCAUUUACAAAGUGUACAAAAAGAGGAGAAAAAAAUUCUUUAUAUCUUGUUAC